UUGCUCUUGUCUGCCCUUUCCAUGCACUCCUAUAAAAGGGCAGCAGAUGCCCAUGAAGGCUAGACAGGAUUGAGAGUUUCAAUUUUAGAGUUUAAUUAGCUAGAGCCUCUCUCUAUUCUUUAACAAAUUUUCAGAAAACUAUGGCUGCAACCUUAUUUCAUGGCCGCUCUGACAGUUUACCCUCUAGACCACACCCUCUCAUGUCCCAGUUGGAUGAUCACAUCUGCAGAUUAAGGGCUUCUGAAGCUACUUCAGCAUCAUCAACUUCAAUUUCCCACAAGCUUGAUGUCCUUCAAGAUCUCCAUGAGUGUGUCGAUAAAUUGCUCCUUUUGCCUCUAACUCAACAGGGACUAGCCCAAGAGAACAAUCGCAAGUGCGUCGAUGAGUUACUUGAUGGAUCUCUUAGACUUCUUGAUGUUUGUAACUCUACUAAGGAUGCAUUGUUGCAGACAAAGGAAUACUGUCUGGAGCUUCAAUCCACUAUUCGCAGAAGACAAGGUGGUGAAAAUGGUCUUGCAAUUGAGGUUAGGAAAUAUCUGACCUCUAGGAAGAUGGCAAACAAGGCAAUCAAAAAGGCCUUGACCAAUUUGAAGGGUUUAGAGAACAAAUGCUCCUUCUCCUGCAUUGACACAGGAAAUGAGAUUGCAACCUUGGUUAAUUUGUUAAGAGAGGUUCAAGCAAUCACUCUCUGUGUCUUGAAAUCCUUCUUGACUUUCAUCUCUGGCCCAAAGGCACAGUCCAAGCCAAGCCACUGGUCCUUGGUCUCCAAGCUUGUCCUCCACAAAAGAAUAGCAUCUGAGGAAGGAGAAACGCAGGAGAAUGAAUUUGUAAUGGCGGAUGCUGCAUUGGAAUUUCUUGUGGGAUGCAAGACUGAGUGCAAAUAUGAUAAUUACAUGCUUAUGGAUAAUGUUAAAAGCCAUCUUAAGAAUUUGGAGGUGUGCAUUCAAGAUCUUGAAGAAGGAACUCAGAGCCUCUUCAGGCGUAUGGUCAAAACAAGAGUUUCCCUUCUCAAUAUUUUGAAUUAGUAAAUGAUGCAGAGUUACUAUUGUACUUCAAUAUGAAAUAUAUAGAUAUUCUUGUAUAAAUCACUAGAUGCUAAUUAAAUUCAUCAAUUCCAUCUUUCCCUCCCAAAAUUUCUACUUUCA